AGAAACAGCGCCAUUUUUGCUUAGCUAGCGCCUCUGUCGGUGUCUGGCAUUGUGUUAGAAAUCUGAGUAGAAAUUACUUGCAAUAAUGAGGGUAAUUGUGAAAUUUUGGGGGGAAUAGGCCCAUAUAGUGCGCCGUUUGCACAAGGUGCAUUUGACCAGCUCAAGAUGUCCUCAGAGAUGCUCAGCGUUCCUCCUGGCACGAGCAAGCUCGAUGUGUUGGUGACCAAACUGCAUGAAUUCUUGGCUCAUGCUCCAGAGGAUGAUGAGGACAGACUGGUGACAGAAAGUCCCGAUGGUAUGACAAACAAGGACUGUGUGGAGCCACACUCAACAGACCGAACCCCUCUUGAGCCUCAACAGACCUCAACAGACACCUCGAAGCAGUCUGGAUGUGGUUCCAGGAGAAAACCUUCAGUUGUGAUUAAACACAGUGGACUGGAUGAAUCUGGUGCUUCAAAUGAAAGUGAUGAUGAUGAUGACGGCUUGAUCAUCAAUUCAAAUGGUUAUCCUGAUGUAACAAGAUUACCUAAAGGCACUGUACUGGUGAGGCCUGAGCCAGUGGAAAAUGUCAGAGAUGACUUCAGAGGUCCCGAAUUCCGUUGUGGAAAAUCUGGCAAUCUGAAGAGAGCUUUUUCUAGGAGACGUGGAGGUGGUGAACACUUGGAGAUUGUUAGCUGUACAGCAUGUGGCCAGCAAGUUAACCACUUCCAGAGGGACUCCUUCUAUCAGCAUCCAGUACUCAAAGUACUUAUUUGCAAGUCUUGUUUCAAGUAUUACUCAAGUGAUGACAUCAGCAAGGAUUGUGAUGGCAUGGAUGAACAGUGCAGAUGGUGUGCAGAGGGGGGAAACCUGAUCUGCUGCGACUUUUGCCCCAAUGCCUUCUGUAAGAAAUGCAUUUUGCGGAACCUGGGGCGAAAAGAGUUGUCUGGCAUCCUGGAUGAGGAGAGUAAGUGGUACUGCUACGUAUGUAGCCCAGAGCCUCUUCUGGACCUGGUUGUUGCUUGUGACAACGUCCUUGACAACUUGGGGCAUUUGUGGCCAGACCACCGCAAGAGGGGCAGGGGCGAGGGAAAAUCUGGACAUUAUGACUCCCAUCCAAGGCAUUCUCAAAACAUUCCCGUGGGUCAUUGGAACCAUAGUGGCAUGGAUGGUCACGUUGUGUUCAACUACAACACCCUUCAAAUUCCAGAGGAGAUGGCCAAAAAGGCUAAAAACCUGGUGGACUCUACAAACACUGUAAACACAACUUUUGUGAAGUUCAUUCAAGGUGGCAUGCAGCAGAAACAGACAACCGAGUUAAAGCUACAAUACCUGAAGACUUUCCAGUCAGUACUGAAGGGUCUGAAGAAGUCUCAGACGGCUCUGGAGGAAGCCCUUUUGGAGGAGUUCAGAGAGAUGGGUUUGCCAAAUGGUGGCGAAAACCCCACGUUUGAUGAUACUGAUGUACCUCAACAAGAGCAAGAGGGUUGUGUGGAAAUUGACAUUUCUGAUAAGAAUGGCCUGCAUUACUUAAAGAAAAUUGCAGCUGAACAUUUGGAAGAGAAUGAUUCAGACUCAAAUGGCUUUAUGGAUGAUGGAAGGCCUUCGUCCUCAAUUGAAAUGAAAGGUGUCCUUGGCACAGAGAUAAUUCCCAGACGAGGUAGAGGCAGGCCGCGGAAAAACUCAAAGCCUGGAGAAGAUGCUUGCAACGUGACAAAACAGCUGGUGGUGCAAAUUUCACCUGCCCCUGUUGAACAAGAGCCACUCUCUGGUCCCCCAGAGUUGGAGGUGGAAGUGGAGUUGGAGGCAGAGGAGGAAGAGGAAGAGAGAAAAGAAAAAGUGGAGGAACAGGAGGGAGACUGUGAAUCUAUUGAACUUGUAACAGAGGGGGAGUAUGAAUCUGCUGAGGGAAGCGAAUCUCUGGAACUGGAAGAGGAACCAGAUAAUAGACGCUCACCUCGGGUAAAGACCACACCCUUGCGCAGGCCAGGUGAGGGCAAGACCCAGCCGACCCCCUCGGGUGCAGACAGUGAGAGUGACUCGGACCCUGACACCAGCCCCAAUGCUGAAGUGCCUCAAGGAGCUGACGAGGGAGGGCUUGGGAGAGGAACUGAUGACUCUGACUCCGAUGAGGUCCCAGCUGUCCUCCAGCGGGCCGCCAUGACGCGUAGUUCAGACGAAGCCGAGAGUGACGAUGGAGACCAUCGGAGUGUGACCAAGAAAUGCCUCUUCGGCCUGAAGAAGAACACGCCCCUCUCUCCAGAAAGAGUUGUCCGCAAACGCAAGGUGCCAGACCGCUCCUCUGACUCUGAUUCCUCCAGUGACGAUACGGACCUGCAGAAGGAGAUCAAGACUAUGACCAGGCCCAGGGGGAGGCCUCGGAAGGUUAAGAGAGAAGAUGAACCUACCCCCAGCAAGGAUAGUCCUCAACAUAGGCCCAGGGGCAGACCUCGGAAGGUCAAGAAAGAGGAUGAAUCUACAUCCAGCAAGGAGGGUAAUACCCAGGCAGCCAAGCCUCAAAGCACACCUCAAUCCGAGCAUAGAAUGAAGCAGACGCCAUCCUCUUCCAGUCAAGAAGAGGGGGACCUGGACUCGGGUGAGUCUAGCGAUGUCAGUGGUGACCAGAAGAUCAAGCCUAUCACUGAGGAGGUGGCCUUACUGGGGGUAGCAGCUUUCCACCAGUCGUCCGGCGAUGAAGAGCAGCCCCAGUCUGGGCCUUCUUGGGCAGCAGAAGAUGAUGACGAUCCAGAAAAUAGAAUUGCUAAGAAAAUGCUCUUGGCCCAAAUCAAAGCCAACGACUCAUCGGGGGAGGAUUUCUCUUCAAACGUAGAAUCACAUGAUGAUGAGUCUGACGGAAGAGAAGAGAAGAAGCAAGAAGAUGGGAAAGAUGAAAGCUCCGAUGAGAAUGGGGAGACCUCCAGUUUGACCUCUGAGUCCAGUAAAACACGUCACAGACAUCGCCUGCUACGCCACAAGCUCAACAUUGACAAUGGAAAUCCAAGUGAUCAGAAAACCGCUGAUGAAAAUGAGAUUGAGCAGAAAGUCAGGAAGUCUAGAAGAACCAACGGUUUGCAUGGGAUGGGUUCUGUGGUGAGAUUGGAUAGCCAGAGUAGUGAUGAUGAUAGCCAAUCACAGCAGGAAGAGUCUGGUAUGAGUGAAGAGCUGAGUCAAUCGGAGAACGAGGGCAAUGAACAGAUGCUCAAAAGCUCUACAUCAUCUACUCGAGUCGAGAGGGAAUCAGUCCGUAGUUAUCUACAGAAGAAGCAGCAACCCUCAUAUAUUGUGCAAUCUGACUCCAAGUGGCACGUCAUGACAGAAGGCCAACCUGACAAUCCUUCAGAGUUGGGAUUUCAUCUACUACCAUGGAGUGAUUCCAGUGCUUGGCCGUUUCACUGGUCGGAAUGUGGGUGCAGUUUACAGGUGAUUGUUUUUGAGGAUGAGUCUUCUCAUGUGGCCUGUCCCAUCACCACUAAGCUGGUCCUGGAUCAGGAUGAGGGGACAAAGGAGCCACUCAUCCAGGUGCACAGGAACCUGGUGACCAGGCUCAAGCCUCACCAGGUGGAUGGUUUGCAGUUUAUCUGGGACUGUUGUUGUGAGUCUGUGAAGAAGGCCAAUUCAACUGGAUCAGGCUGCUUACUGGCCCACUGCACGGGCCUAGGAAAGACACUGCAUGUGGUGACAUUUCUCCAUAUGGUGCUGCAGUCAAAGUGCAUGAACUUCAGGACUGCCCUGGUGGUGUGUCCACUCAACAUCAUCCUCAACUGGGUCAACGAGUUUGAGAAGUGGCAAGUUGACAUGGGAGCUGACAAAGUCAAGGUGACAGAGUUGGCCACACUGAAGCGAACACAGGAGCGUUAUAAUGCCCUGCAGAGAUGGCAGAUGGAUGGUGGUGUUAUGAUCAUGGGCUAUGAGAUGUACCGUAACCUCACACUAGGCCUCAAAGUCAUCUACGGAAAGUUCAAAAAUACCUUUGACAGUACUCUGGUCGAUCCAGGUCCAGACUUUGUGAUCUGCGACGAGGGUCACAUGCUGAAGAACGAGGCAUCCAACAUCUCUAAAGCUAUGAGUGCCAUUAAGACCAAAAGGAGGGUGGUGCUGACAGGCACACCACUGCAGAACAACCUCAAUGAGUACCACUGCAUGGUCAACUUCAUCAAGGAAAAUCUUCUGGGCUCAAUCAAGGAGUUCCGGAAUCGCUUUAUCAACCCCAUUCAAAACGGCCAGUGUGCAGACUCCACCCCCAGAGACGUCUGCAUCAUGAAGAAUCGCACCCAUGUUCUUCAUGCAAUGUUGACAGGAUGUGUACAGAGAAGAGACUACUCAGCCUUGACCAAGUUCCUGCCCCCUAAACAUGAAUAUGUUAUAGCGGUGAGGGUGACCCCUCUCCAGUACAGACUGUAUUGCUACUACCUGGACAACUUCACUGGAGCUAGGUCUGUGGUUGAGGGAGCCAGGGGCAAAGCCGGAACUAGCCUUUUCAAGGACUUCCAGAUACUCAGCCGAAUCUGGAACCAUCCCUGGUGUCUGCAGCUCAACUAUAUCAGCAAAGAAAAUAAGGGUCAUUUUGAUGGGAAGCACCAGGGGAAAACUGACAGGAAAGAGAAGGAGAACAAGGGGAAAGUGGUGAAUGCUGAUGAAGACAGCAAGGAUGUGGAGGUGAUCCCAGUGUGGAACAGCACAUCAAAGGGUGUCAAUGUGGAAGGAGACCAGCGAGCAGGUCCACUGUUUCCAGUGGUAGAAGCGUUGAGAUCGUCCACCAGUUUCAGGCCUGACAGUCCGGCUGCAGACUGGUACAAGUCAAUGCUGAGUGACUCUGACGCCACCAUUCUGGGACACUCAGGGAAGAUGGUGCUGCUGUUUGAGAUUCUCCAAAUGGCAGAGGAACUGGAAGACAAAGUGUUGGUGUUCAGUCAAUCCUUGAUCACAUUAGACAUGAUUGAAGAUUUCUUGGACCUCACCAACAAAGCCAAAAACAACAGGCAAUCAUCCCUAUACAAAGGUGAUGGCAGCUGGAUCAGAAACACUGACUAUUACCGUAUUGACGGGUCCACCAGCGCCACAUCCAGGAUGAAAUGGGUGCAAGAUUUCAAUGAUGCCACCAACGAGCGGGGUCGUCUGUUUCUCAUCUCGACAAGAGCUGGGUCCCUUGGGAUCAACCUGGUAGCAGCUAACAGGGUCAUCAUUUUUGAUGCUUUGUGGAAUCCCUCCUAUGACAUCCAGAGCAUCUUCAGGGUGUACCGUUUUGGCCAGCUGAAGGCUGUGUUUGUCUACCGCUUCUUCACACAGUCUUCCCUAGCCACUAUGGAGGAGAAGAUCUACGACCUACAGGUGGCCAAGCAAUCACUGUCGUUCCGGGUGGUGGACCAGCAGCAGAUACAGAGACACUUCACUCUGUUUGAACUGACGCAGCUCUACAUGUUUGAGCUGCUGGAUGACCCCAACUCUGAGAAGAAGAGCAAGAGGACCACCCUGCUGCCCAAGGACAUGGUGCUGGCAGAGCUGCUGCAGAGCUGUAAAGGGCAGAUUGUCUGCUACCAUGAACACGAGUCCCUGCUGGACCACAAAGAGGAGGAGGAGCUCAGUGAGGCUGACCGCAAAACUUCCUGGGCUGAGUACGAGGCAGAGGGUGCUAUCUUCUUGAACAAGGCAGAACAGAGCAACACCAACGUUCCCAGGCCCUCCACCUCCACAACUAUGGCUGUCAGUCUGUCAUCCCUUUACAAGAAAACUAAUGGGCAGCUGAAGAACAUGAUUUAUUCUAGCUGUGAGAAGGUCAACGAGGCCAUCAUGUCCCUGCAUUCCUUACUGAACCUCUCCCUGUAUGACUAUGUGUUGCGCUUGUGGCAAGAUAACCCAAGUCUAGAUGAGAAGCAGGUGAGAGUCCUGGCCCAGACCUGGAAAACCAGCAAAGACAAGGAGCGGGAGCGACAACAGGACUUACAUCACGACCUCCUCGCAAAACAACAAUCACUUACAAUGUGCAUCCAGACCAUUUUGGCUAGUAGAAAAAAUGAAAUUACCCAUACUGCCACGGUCACCAAUCACACACCAGCUCUAACAGAUUCCGCCAAUAAACCUACACAGUGAGGCAGGAGGGAUGUCUCCAAGUCUCAGUCCCCUGUUCCACUAGAGGACGCUCUAGUCUAACCACAGUAACUACAGAGGGUUCUUAGUGCUUACUCCCCCCAAAGGGGUGACAGAUGGGUGACAAACAACAUUUCCGUUAAGGAUUUACUUUAUUUUACAUUGAAAAUGAAUGCAUGUUCUAUAGCAAAGGUAUUGUUAAACAUAUGUUAUGUUAAAUACAUAUGUUUUGGUAUUUUUCUGCCUUAAAAUUAUUUGGAAAAUAUUUUCCUAUGUGAUUAAUUGUAUAUUUCUGUCUUCCUCUAAAGCUAUAAUAAAACC